AUGGAGGCUACACAUGCAUCACAAGGGGCGGAAGCGCUGCUGGACAAGCUGCGCGAGUCCCGCCUGUCCUCUGACAAGCGACGCAUCUCGCUCGAAGCCCUUCGACUCGCCUUGGAGCCAAUUGUCGCCCCCAUCUUUUCCACCACAUCCGACAACGACGGAGCAUCUAUCUCUUUACUCAUCAGAGCGAUUCAGGAUGGACCCAACGACGUGCGUCGCGUAGCGCUUCAGACAAUCGCAUCCGGCAUCGACAAGGUCGAGACGCCACACAUCUCACAAGCGACGAGUGAUGAGCUAAUGGCCGCGAUCGAGGCGCUGCUGAAGAGCACGCUCAAGAUUCAGAGCGGCAGAUCGAUCGGCACUCUUCGAGGUCGACCCCGCAUCGAUGUCUCGACCAUCUCUACGUCGUCACUGCGGGCUGCAGCUGCGGCCCUCAAGGCUGUCCAUAGCCUGUUGCGCAUCGCACCUAGCGACAAACCCGCUGCGCGCGCGUCGGACACGAACAGUCUUCUGACCAGACUGACGGGUCUGCUCGAUGUGGUGGUUCCAUGCCUGUAUGCUGGGCUGUCGCAAGCCGUGCCAUCGAACGAAGCUGGAUCGCGCGCUUCUAGUGGUCUCCGGUCCGGCGCUCUUUCCUGGAUGGACCAGCCCCUACAGCCGCUGUCUGGCACCAAGGGAGGCAGCACCUCGGCCGCAGAGACAGACGGCGACACGGACCGCUUCAACGCCUCCUCGUCGGGUGAGGCAGAUCGACGUAGCGACAAGAGCGAGAGCGAGCGCAGCGACUUCUCCGUCGCCAGCUCGCGCAGUGCCUCGCGGUCGCGCAAGGACGAGUCGCGACAGCAGGACGCCAUGUGUAGGCUCAUCCGGCAGAACGCGCUGCACUGCCUGGUGGAGCUGAAUCAGCGCCAUGCGAAUGCGAUCGUCGCUCGCUGGAGCGACUUGUUGCCAGACCAGCUUGCACAGCCUGCCGUGACCCCGCGCGCUGUGGGCAGUGGUGUGGUGUCUCGAAGAAGUGGUGUCGGCAGCUCGGCGGCAUUCUCAUUGUGCAGUUUGAUCGCGGACGACCCGUCGACGUCGGUGCGGCUGGCGGCAGUGGCGGCGUUGGAGAGCGUGCUGGCGCAUGGCACGCGGCAGCUCUCCAUGGCUCAGGAACGUGCACAGCGCGCGCUGACAUUCACGUCGCUCUCGUCGCAGCUCGCGGGCUGGAUCGUCAAUGUUCGGUCGUACGUGGUGCUGGCGCUUCAGCGUGCGGCUGCCGCACCGCGCACACCCGCCCGUGUGGAGGGCCAGGCAGACGGCAUCGGGUCGUUGUACCCAACGGCGUUACUCACGGCGCUGUUGCGGCUCGCACGAACAUUGGUAACCAGCACGGCUCGAGCUCGACUCGUCGUCAAAAACACGGCGGUGCUCACUGAGCCUGCUGCAGCCUUUGUGGCGCACAGCGAUCCGGAUGUGCAGGCGGCAGCAAAGCGGCUGGUGGCAGCCCUUGCUGCCACUCAAGAUUCUUCCCCAGCGGCAAGUGCGAUCCGGCGCCAAUCCGGCGUGUCUGCAUCUGCAGAUGGCAUUGCCGACGCUAGUGCUGAAGCUUCAUCGCUCGACGUGACGCUGCUGCUCAGCCAGAGCGAGACGCUCACCAGCGCGCUGGCCGAACGUGCGCUGGACGCGCUCAAUCAAGCCGGCGAGCCAAAUUUGGCCAUGUGGACGGCGCUCGUCAAGCGUCUGGCCGAGACUCCCUCGCCGGUCUUGACUCGUGCGACAUGCUUGCGCCUCGGCGUUGUCUGGCGACGCAUCAGCUCGAUGCCGCGCUCGGGGGAUCAGCAAUGCAGCCUUCUCGCAAGUGCGGCUGACCUUUUGCGUACACUCUCACGACACACGGCGCUGGAUGUGGAUACGGCCGAUGGCAUUCUAUCGUACGUGCAUACAUGUUCGCGCGAUCCGGACGAGGCGGUUCGCGCCGCCGCCGUGCGCGUGCUCGGCAUCGUCAUCCUCCCGCCCGACGCCUCCAACGCUGGCGAUGUGGCUGUGGCGCAAGUCGCGCGUUUACUGCACAAUGUGCUGUGGGGCGAAGGAGGAAGCGAGCGGGGGCUACUGCACGAUGCAUCGGGAUUGGUGCGGCAACGUGCCAGCUGGGCGCUUGCCAACUCGGUCGAGGCGCGUUUGCGCGAUCGCACCCGCCUCGGCGACAGUCAAUGGGCGGAUUUGGCGCGGUACUGUGUGGCUGCGGGGCGAGACAUGGAGGGCGUGGCUGUCUCUGCAUGCCGUACUUCAGGUAGUCUGCUUGCUAUGCUACCGCCCACCGCGAGCGAGAACGAUUUGCUGGCGGGCGAGUUGGUCGACCAGCUGUGCCGCGUGCUGGGAGCGGGCGGGAAGCCGCCCAAAUCGCGCUGGAACGCUGCGUCGGCGCUCAGCCGUGCGCUUUCCUCGAACGCUAUUGUGCUGCGUGUGCUCGCACCAAGCGAAAAGCUCGAUAGGGUCACCGAGCUGUUGUACCUCUCGCUCGACGCCAAGGUCUUCAAGAUCCGCGUGAGCGCCGCGCACGCCCUCCUCUCCCUCGUCGGACCGGACGACAGCCCGCGGCUGGAGGUUCUUGGCACGCAGCGAUGCGGUCGUAUCGAAAGCAUAGCACGUGCACGGCUGACGCAGCUGACCGCCAGCCCUGCAUCGCAGACGAAGGAAGCCGGCCUGUAUACCGAGGAGCUCCAACGUCUUCUUGAGCGCCUCGUCGCGCGGCUUUCGACCAACACCCACUAA